AUGCCAGGCAGAACAAUAUCCUUCCACCAAGGCGAACUCGCCCUCCACGACCUCCUCAAAGUCCCCCGCCACCGCGGCAACCCCACCGCCGCAGGCCUGCCCCCUUCCUACGGCACCCGCAUCGCCGCCGCUCCGCUCCUGGCCCUCGGCACCCUCGACGCCGAAAGCCGGCCCUGGACGACCUUAUGGGGCGGCGAGGCCGGGAACGUGGCGAGGCCGAUUGCGGAGGAUGUACUUGGUGUCAGGAGCCUGGUUGACGUUGUUGAUGAUCCGGUUUUCAGGGCUCUUUGGGGGGAUGAAGGUGGGCAGCAGUUGCAGGAGGCCAUUCAGCCUGGACGGGGCCCGAAUGGAGGGAAGCUCGUCUCUGGGCUGGCUAUCGACCUUACGACGCGGGAUCGUGUCAAGUUUGGGGGGAGGAUGGUGGCCGGGGCAGUUACUACCAGUAACGGAGACCGGAGCACAUCCUCCCCUUCCUCCUCCUUCUCGACCUCGGCCUCCUCGGAAGUUCAGAUCGCGGUACACGUCGAAGAGAGUUUGGGAAACUGCCCCAAGUACCUCAACAAAAAGGACGUCAUCCCGCGGACGUCGAUCGGCAAGGGUAGAGUGGAGCGGGAGUUGCCGCUGUCUGAGGAGGCUUUGGAGGUUGUGCGCGGGGCGGAUAUGCUUUUCCUUACGAGCGGGCACGAGGACGGCAGUGAUGACAGCAGCAGCAGUAGUAGUAGUAGUAGUAUGGAUACGAACCACCGGGGAGGGUCGAGGGGGUUUGUGAGGGUUGCGAGGAACGAUGUGGGUGGUGUUGAGAUUGUGUAUCCCGAAUUUUCUGGUAAUCGGUUAUAUCAGACGCUGGGGAACCUUAAACUGAACCCCUUGGUUGGGAUCGCGAUACCGGACUUUGAGACGUCAGAUGUCCUUUACCUCACGGGAUCGGCAUCGAUACUCGUCGGAGAAGAUGCAGCAGCCUACCUCCCGCGCACGAAACUCGCCGUCAAAAUCACCGUCUCGGCCGCGGUAUUCGUGCAAUCCGGCUUACCCUUCUCCGGCAUCCCGCAAGAGCCGUCGCCGUAUAACCCGCCUGUCCGACCGCUCUUCUCCGAGCAGCAGCAACAUGCUUUAAGCGUGUCUGGGGAGGGUACCAGGACAGCCACCCUUCUACGCCGCGAUAUCAUCACGCCGACGAUUGCGCGGUUCGUCUUUCGCUUGGAGCCGGCAGCGCAGUGGGAGGCGGGACAGUAUGUUACGCUUGAUUUUGCGGAGGAGCUGGAUGUGGGGUGGAGUCAUAUGCGCGACGACGAGCCGCAGAGUCUGAAUGAUGAUUAUGUAAGGACUUUUACCGUUUCGAGUUCGCCUGGCGGUGUGAAGGAGGUUGAGAUUACGGCGAGGAGGAAGGGCCCGGUUACGAAUUUGUUGUGGAGGUGGAAUUUGAGGGUUCCGUUGGAGGUUCCUGUGCUUGGGUUUGGGGGUGAAGAGGCGUUUAGGAUGGGGAGGGGGAAGAAAGGCAGCGAUGGUGAUGAUGUUGAAGAGGUGUUUGUUGCUGCUGGGGUUGGGAUUACGCCUUUGCUUGCGCAGGCUGGUGGUGUUUUGGGGGCGGGGGUGAGGGUGAAGGUGUUGUGGACUGUGCGAGGGGAGGAUGUGAAGUUGGUUAGGGAUGUUGUUGGGAGGUUUCCUGGGUUGGGUGGUGUGUUGAGGGUGUUUGUGACGGGUGAGGUUGGCGAGGCGGAGGAGGCGGAGGAGGCUGUGAUUCGGGAGGUUGAGGGGUUUGGGGCCGUUGUUGAGAGGAGGAGGAGGAUUGGGCCUGGUGAUGUGAAGGAUGAUGAGGUAAAGAGGAGAUAUUUUUUGUGCACUGGGCCGGAGAUGCUCAAGGUCUUGAAUGGGUGGUUGGAAGGUGAAGAUGUGGCAUUUGAGGAUUUUGCUUUUUGA